UAUUUGAAGGCGAAUUCACAAAAACUUUAGAACUUUACAACACCCUCACCUGCAUCUCCUCCUCUCUGGCUUGACAUCUCACCAUGGUUAAUGCUAAAUUCAUUGCUGAGUUCUUUAGGAAACGACUUGGGAGUGUUGGGAUCUUCAGUCUUAUCCUUGCUGCUUUUGAGAAGAUUCUGGAUCAAGAAUUUGUUUGUCCUUGUGAUCGUACCUAUAAUAUAGUAGUGUGUGUUCUUUAUGGAGCAGUCCCUAGCAUAUGUUGCUUUGUUUUUACUUUUUGUUUCAUGGACGGUUACUCAGAGAUGGAGGAUGAAAGGAUGAGGGAUCUUCACACGUGUGAUAAACUGCUCUACUCCAUUCUCACAACUAUCAUCUGGCUGUUUCUCUUCUUUGUUGAUGGCAGGUACCUGGCCUGUGCCGUCUCAGUUUGGGGAGGUGUGUAUGCUAAAAAUGAAACUUUGGGGAUUGUAAAAUGGUGCAAGCCGACAGGAAACGAAACAGUCGUGUUUACGAGUCAGCAGGACACUCUGAAGUGGAUCUCCAGAUCUCAGAUUUUGGGAUUCAUCAUCAUGGUGUUGAUCCCCAUUCUUCUGCUCGUUCUGCACUGCAAACAGAGACGUGUAACUCAGCGGAACAUUUCUAAGAUGGAAACCUUGGAAUGCAGUAAGAUGAGACUUCACGGCAGACUCGCUGAGAGGAAGUUCAGCUUCGAGGUCGAGGAAACCACAUGCUUGUAAAAAUCAAUGUUUUUUGGGAAUAUUUUCAAAUAAUAUAAUUGUUAAUACGUUAUAAUGUUUUUUAUCCUCAUGUUUUUGUUAUUUUUUUUAUUAGCUCCUGUAUGGAGCAGAAAACCUUUUAUGUCAGAUUGUUAAAGUUUGAAGUGAUGCACUGUUAUGGUUUAAAAGAUCUUUUCCCCUGCUGUAAAUAAACAAAGUAAAUAAAUAAUAAAACAUUGUGUAGCUUU